GGAACGUUCCGCGUCGUUGGUUGCAUGGUCAAUAUUUUUCACCGUUUCAUCAGAUCCAAGAUGUCGUGCCGCUUCCCGCCCGAACUCCGGCAUUGUCCGCGGUAAUCUGCGCCGUUACACCAUCAGUUUUAUGGCAGGAUGAACGCCCUGGCCUUCGCUCUGCUGUACGGGUUCUUCAGCCUGUUGUUCGUGUUUACGAACUUGGAAGCACUACAGAUUCCCAUUGUGUCUUCCAUCGGUAGCAGCGUGAACCAGAAGCUGCGAGAUGCGCCGUUUUCGCUGGAUCCGCGGCGCAAGCUGGAUGACAUCGCCAGCUCCACGGACAUCUACCACUUCCUGCGGUACACCCUGGUUCCCGUGCUCUAUUCCGAAUCCGCCAACUUGACGUCCGAGAUCGAGGGGCUCUGCCUCCGCGCCACCACCGCCGCGGAAUGCAACACGACCACGCCAACGGCGGCGUUCGCCUUCUCGGACGCCACCACGGGCGACCCAACGCGGUACUGCGAGGGCUUCUACAGCCAGCAGGGGAGCACUUCGUUCCGGCAAAACAUGACGGCCGAGGCGCUGCAAACCAUGCUGAUGGUGAACGGCAACCCCUGGCAGCGGUGGGACCUGCUGAAGUGGUGCCAGUUGAACGGGGCGUCGAACUUCGACGUGACCAACGUCUGUCACCCAGUGCUCGGCCGGACGCGGUCCUGCAAACAGACGGCGGAGUGCCCCGAUCCCCGCGCGGACAACGCCGUGAUUGAGUACCUGGACGGCUACGCUCCCGCCUCGUCGAGCGCGUACGCGGGCUACGACGUUUUUCCGGCGAACGUCACGUGCCCCGGGUUCAUCGCGAAGCAGUCGAAGUGCUGCAGCGGCUUCUUCUACCCGCCGCCCGCCCAGGCGGCUGCUGCCGCUGAGGCGGCCGCAAGUUUAACUAGCGCAGUUGGAACAACAAGUGCCUACAAUGUGACCCGCACGCCCGUGCGGCUGGCCGGGUACAACGAGAUUCUCCUGCUCCGCUUCACGCUGAAGCGGCAUAAGUUCGAACGCAGCACAAACCACUUGUUCAAAGACGUUUUCCCCUGGCUUUUCGCCGGCCGCACAAGUCCAGUGCAGGCGAACGCGGACAACGGUGCGCGCGAGAACCAGGGCUCCUUCGUCGGCCCAAAGUCGGGAAAAGUGUACACGUACGAAAACGGCGACGGCCACGCGCAGAGUGGCGGCUACGUCGUGACGCUGGACCCCAGCACGCUGUCCGAGCACGAGCUCCGGCGCAGAAUCGAGGAGCUGUACGAGGACGGGUGGUUCGACCUCCAGCAGGCGUCUUUCACCGUGGACUUCCUGGUUUUUAACGGGAACCGGCGCCAGUUUUUGCUGCUGGGCUACUCCUUCUCCGUUCCCUUCAGCGGGCUCGCGACCCGAAAGGACAUUUUUAAGUACGUUUCCCUGGACAACUACAACAACGCGGUCCCGGGCGUGACGAUGCGGGUGGUGACCGAAGUCGUGGUGUACAUUUUAUUGGUGCUGUUCGUGAUUCUGGAAAUCAAGAAGGCGCAGUUCAUCGGCAUCGAGAUCUACUUCGCGAAGGCCAGCACGUACGUGAACAACGUCGGACUGCUGUUGUCUUGGAUCGUGGUCGCCUUGCAGCUGGUGCGCACGGGCUCUGCCCCCAGCUUCACCUACCUGUUCUCCACAAAAUCGGUGCUGUCCGCGCCAACAUACGCCGAGCUGUACACCGCCGACGAGGAGAAGGCCGCGCGGGAGGAUUUCAAGCUGAUGGAGGAGUACCUGGCCUUCGCCUACGCCGUGCAGACCGUGACCGCCAUCAACCUGACCGUGGUGUUUGGGAAGGCCGUCGUGCUGGUUAGUGAUUUGUCUCCCUACCUCGCCCUGAUCAGCAACGUGUUGGGGCGCGCCUUCCCUUACCUCGUUUACUUCACCGGGAUGUACUUCAUCAUUUUUGGUGGUUUCGUGCUCCUCGGGUACUUUUUGUUCGGGCAGCACGUCCUCCUGCUGUCAAGCCUCUCGGACGCGCUGAUCUACCUGUUCGCCCUGUGUUGCGGGGGAUCCGCCAUCCGCUUCGACGAUUUCACUUCCGCGGACCCGGCCAUCGGCCCGAUCUACGUCUUCAUGUUUUACCUGGUGAUGAUCUUCACGCUGAUGAACGUGUUUUUGUCCAUUCUGCUCGGGAGCUACGACAUUGAGAAGUUCGAACUGGAGCGCCGCAUUGCGGCGGGCACCACCACGAACGCCGUGGCCGACGCCAUGGACUACGUGAAGCGGCAGACGGUGCAAAACGUUUUGAUUCCGUUGUCGGACGGUCUACGCGCGGCGCGGGUGGCCAUUUUCGGUCCGAGGGACGACGAUCCGCUCACGCUGGCGAUGAAGGCGCAGGGGGAGGAGGACGCGGCCGCU